AUGGGUCACCUCUCCCUCUCUCUUCUGUUUGAUAAAUGUUAUAUUGAUUUUGAAAUUGAAAGAUUUAGGAAAGUAAAGUUUAAUCUUGCUCGUGAAGUGAGUUUUUGUUUCUACAUGGAAGCAAACAAGGAGGAAGCACUUAAAGCGAUUGAGAUUGCUGAAAAGCGAUUUGCUGCGAGGGACUUUGCAGGUGCAAAAAACUAUGCUGUAAAGGCUAAAACACUUUGUCCAGGACUGGAGGGUAUAUCUCAAAUGGUGGCUACAUUUGAAGUUUACACUGCUUCUGAGGUCAAACAUAAUGGUGAGCUAGAUUACUAUUCGAUUCUUGGAUUAAAACCUUUUGCAGAUAAGGAGACUGUAAAGAAACAAUACAAGAAGUUGGCGGUAUUGCUUCACCCAGAUAAGAACAAGUGUGUGGGAGCUGACGAGGCAUUUAAGCUUGUUUCUGAGGCUUGGACUUGGCUAUCAGAUAGCGCCAUGCGCAGUUCGUAUGAUCUCAAGAGAAAUGCUCAGUUGGGCGGGACUAACCAGACGAAUUUGUCUUCUGCCCAUGCCACAGGGGCUGCAGGUUAUAACAAAUGUUCCAAUUUGUCAACCCCUCGUGGUAGGCUUGACACUUUUUGGACGAUCUGCACCUCUUGUAAGGUUCAGUAUGAGUAUCUGCGCAAGUACGUCAACAAAAGACUCUCUUGUAAGAACUGCCGUGGCACUUUUGUUGCUGUUGAGACUGGGGCAGCCCCAGCAAAUGGUUCAUUUCCAUACUGUCCUUGGUCAUAUGUGGCAGGAAAUGGGUAUGGAAGUCAUUCAUUUGAUGGUGUCUCAUAUGUUCCAACUACCGCCCCCUAUUUCAAUGGGAAUGGUGUUGCUGGAUACCAUUCUGGACAUGGAUACGAUUACGUUCCAAAUGUUUCAUUUCAGUGGGGCUCUGCUGGAGUUGUCAAUCAAAAUGGAUCAGCUACCUUAUCUGCGGAUUCUGUCAAUCGGGCCAAUGGAAAUGUGAAGAGGGGAAGACCAAAAAUCAAAUCAGUUGCUGAUAAGAGGCAUCACAUGGUAGAGGCUAUGGUCAAUACAAAUUCAGAUAUACCAUUCUCCUGUAGUGAACCACAGGAAGAUAAACUAGGUAGACCUGACAAGAAACAGAAAGUUGUUGUGGGAGGCACUUUCAGAAAUGACUAUGAAGAAAAGGGAUCAAAAUGUGCUCUAGAGUCUAUAGUGUCUAAUGGAAAUGAUAGCACUGCAUAUGGCCAGAAGCCUUCCUGCACAGUUGAAGUUCAAAUCAAACAGUGUUCCAUGGCACCGGCAUUUGAUGCGAGAAAAUUAUUGAUUGAGAAAGCCAGGACAGAAAUCAGGAAAAAACUGGAGGAGAUGAAGCUGUCGACUGAAGCAGCAGCGACCGCAGCUCUGAAAGAGAAAGAAAAAUCACAAGCUGAAGUUGGUCAAGUAAAAAUAGAGACAUGCAGAAAAACAGCCCCCAAUGUUUCUGGUCUACAUGGGAAAACUGGUCCAAUCUCAAUUACUGUCCCAGAUUCUGACUUUCACGACUUUGAUAAAGAUAGGUCAGAGGAAUGCUUCAGACCAAAGCAAAUAUGGGCCUUGUAUGAUGAGGAAGAUGGAAUGCCACGGUUGUAUUGUAUGAUACGUGAGGUUGUGUCUGUCAAUCCAUUUAAGAUUCACAUCAGUUACUUGAGUUCUAAAACUGAUACCGAGUUUGGCUCAGUAAACUGGCUUGACUCAGGUUUUACCAAAUCUUGUGGCAAUUUCAGGGCUUUUAAUUCAGAUGUUGUUGAUCAUGUUAACAUAUUUUCCCAUGUUCUAAGUCAGGAGAAGGCUGGUCGAGGGGGUUGCGUCCGCAUAUAUCCCAGAAGUGGAGAUAUUUGGGCUGUGUAUCGCAAUUGGUCACCAGAUUGGAACAGAUCUACUCCAGAUGAAGUGAGGCAUCAGUAUGAAAUGGUUGAGGUGCUGGACGAUUACUCUGAGGAACUUGGUGUAUGUGUUAGUCCCCUUGUUAAGUUGGCUGGAUUUAAAACGGUAUAUCAGAGUAAUAGCGACAAGAGUGCCAUAAAAUGGAUACCCAGAAGAGAGAUGUUACGCUUUUCACAUCAAGUGCCUUCUUGGUUGCUGAAAGGAGAGGCUAAGAAUUUGCCAGAAAGGUGUUGGGACCUGGAUCCGGCUGCAACUCCAGAUGAGCUUCUUCAUGCUGCUACAGAACCAAACCCUUUGUAG